AUGGACGAUCUCUCAUUCCUUGAAAACUAUGGGUACGCUGACAACGCUACCUUGAAGGUAGCACUUCCUGAUGGGCAAGUCUGCCAUAUCUCAGACUGCGUCAAUCCUUUCAGGUUCCUCGAUCACUGUCCACUCCUGUACCACGCCUUCGAGUCAGACGAGCACGGCCGUCUCCAAGCCAGCAUCGAGGCUACCUCGACAUCAUCCGUUGUCUCGUUACUGAGAUUCUGCUAUACCGGCGGUUACAUCCCCAUCGAACAAUGUGCCGAACUCUUCUCUCUCCUCCAGCAUGCAGAGAUUUACAAGCUGGCAUCAAACUUUGACGUUCCUGAACUUCAGCUUGUUGCGCACGGCAACUUCUCGUGCCAGAUCGAGUGUGCUUGCAGCCUGCCGACAACACCCCAAGACUUACCUGAGACAAUACGCUUCGUAUACAAGCACUUCUCUGGCCACGAAUUGCAACAAGAGCACAAUCUUGUCAAUACCCUCCUCAAUUAUUGCGUCUCGGCAUAUCAUUACCACAAGCUAGGGGAGAACGCUGAGUUCCUGAAGGUCGUUGAUGAUAUACCUAUAUUUCGUCAAGACCUGUGCCGUACAAAUAUUGCACGCGGUUUUACUGAUGACAGUGCCCCUGAUAUUAUAAGGUUACGUUUGGAAUCGGCGCCUGCGCCUGAGCUUGAUUUCCAUCCCACCGCGGCCGCCUCUGAGACACUCCCCAGUGAAUUAUGUCACAAUGCGAACCGUACUCUACAGGCCGUUAGUACUAUCGUCUCGGCCAGCAGGUAUAGAAAUAAGUGGCGUAAGAUGAAGUUAUCUUUGUCCACAAACAAUACCACAAAUCGGGCAAGCUCAGAUAUGUGUGGUACCCCCACACUUGUCCUCAGGCCAAAAGUUCCACAACCAGUAAGAGAUUGGGAUUCCGACACAGAGGCUGUGUGCGGAAACUGCACAUCGUCCAGCACUGCGCUGUGGCACCGCGACGAGGCGGGUGCCGCGCUCUGUCAUGAAUGCUGGCUCUUCCGGCGCCGAAAUGACCCGUCACGACCCAUCUCACAUAGACACAAUCAGGGGAGUCGUAUGAGUCUCGCUUCAAAACGGGCUUGCCGCCCAGGUCUGCUCCCUGGCACAACUGCCCAUGCAGAGGGUCUUGCUGGAACCUCAUCACGCGAGAUGUUCGUAAGAGACCCUCCAAAGGCACAAACCCAGCAAACUUUCACGAAAGACUCUUCAGAUGAAGACGAAGGGUUCUCCGUCGUACAUCAUCCUGACUCACCGGUUCACGCGACAACCGAUGAGCCCAUGUCGAGUCCCGAGCUCAUCCCGUCUGUUCCAUCAGGCAAGGACCCUGUGACUCACAUCGACCCCUCCAGCGACGACGAUUGGACCAUGCUAUAA